GAGCCGUUAUCAUUUCUUGUGUAUCCCACUCUAACAUGUUCCCACCUUUUUUAUUUUGCAGGCCUGACCAUCUCAGCUGCCAUGUCAAGCAUGUCCAUUCCUCAGAGCGACCAUUCAAAUGCCAAGUUACGGCCUGCACCUCUGCCUUCGCCACCAAAGACCGCCUGCGCUCGCACAUGAUCCGGCACGAGGGCAAGGUCACCUGCAACAUCUGCGGCAAGAUGCUGAGCGCCGCCUACAUCACCAGCCACCUGAAGACGCACGGCCAAACCAACUUCAACACAACAACUGCAACAAAGGGUACUGGCAGUGGAACUCCUCACAAGCACGAAAAGAUAGCAACGAUGUGUGCAACUCGUCCUCCAUCACGCACGUCACCUCCUCUGGCCCCAGCAUGAGCCGCGGCGGCAGCACCAACAGCAGCUCCAGCUCCUCCUCCAACGCCGUCACCAUCGCCACGCAGAUGAGCCUGGGCAACAUCACCUCGGGAAUGGGCCUGCAGCACCCGGUCACCAUCACCGGCCCGGUGAACAUCUCCUCUGUCCACAUCCCCACCACGGCGUCCAUGAGCCUCGCCCACCCCAUGGCCCUCACAUCGCCCAUGUCCAUGAACAUCGCCGGGCCGCUCAACAUCGCCAUGCGGCCCAUGGAGAGCAUGUCUUUCCUCUCUCAAGUCCUCCCUUCCUCCCCGCCCCUGGUAGAGACGAGUACCAGCCCCACCCCCGUCAUCCUUCCUCACCAUCUCACCAUCUUCCUCAUCCUCCCUGUCCUCCUCCUCCUCCUCCUUUACUCCCCACGCCCACCACCACUGAGAGAAGUUGUUUACUCUAAAGGUCUGAAGGAGCAGCUAGAAUGAAUGAACCCUGUCCCAGCUGCUGCCUCCUUUAGCAACCUUGCAUCAAACAAUAAACAAUAACGUUUUUAUUUUCUUUUUAGUUUUUUUUUUUCCGUGGUUGUUGGAACUGAAACAUUAGCUAGAGUUUAGUUUUUUUUUUAUUCCCUCUGAAGGAGCUCUGACCUGGCGUUGAGUGCACAGCAUUAAUGUGAACAUUUUGAGUUGAUGACGCACUAAGCCACAGUCGGACAAGGAUCGGAAGGGUUGGAACAGUCCUCUCAGACUUUACUCAACACGGUGACCUUUGCCAUUUGGAGAAUUUUCACAAGGACAAAUGCAAUAAGUGCUGAUUUUUUUCACUGGUUAUUUUGUUUUUGUUUGUUUGUUUGUUUGUUUGUUUGUUUGUUAGUUAAUAAGUUUUCUUCCACAUCAUCUGGGCUGUGUCUCAAAAGCCACUAGCCUGCUAAUCAGUAUUUAACGUUUUAAGGAAAUGAGUUCAAAAGGGACAAAGGCUUCCACUGUGAGGGAAGGGUUGUAUAUUUAGUUGUGUUUAUGCUUGGGUUACCCUCCAGGUGAGGGGGUAUGCCUUUAAUCGGUUGAGGUACAGCGGUUACCUUGAUGGAAGCCAACUCGGGAUCAAGUCUGGCGUGGAUUCGACAGGGGCCAGAUCUUUUCCAGAGUUUGCUACCGUCUGACUGUAGAGUAUAAUGUGCCGUUGGUUAUGCAGGCCAAUGCGUUCUCACUCCAAACAGGCAUUCACUGUCUGUUUUUAUUUUA